GAUUUACAAAGAAGAAGAAGAAGACAGUUGAGAGGAAAGACAGGGGUUGGGAAAAGUUGUUGUUUAGUGCAGAAAUCGGAAAUUUGUUGGCAGAAAAAUUAAAACUGGUCACAAAUGAUAAUGACGACAUCGCGAUUGGCGCGAGCAGGGCGCAGCAGGUUCUUCAUCGGUGUGGGAAUACUCCUUCUGAUGGUGGGCUUUGUGGCAAUCUUCCACAGUUCCCAGCAACAAUUGGAGGAGCUCCGCCAAAUGGGGCUGCGGUGUGAACAGCAGCACGAAGUAAUCUCAUCCCAACUGCAGGUUGAGGUGGAGAAAAACUUUCGCCUAGAGAAGUCACUGGAGGGGGAGCGUCAGUCGCACAAGCAAAACAAGCUGGAUUUGCAACAUAAGGCACAAGAGGAGAAGGAAAUUCGCGAAAAGAGCACCAAGGAGUCGAAUUCACGAUUAGCUUCACUGCAGCAGCACUACAAGCUACUGCAGAGUCAACACGAUGACCUUCAAGAGUCCUGUUCCAAGUCCCAACAGAAGCAACUCGAAGAAAAUAAUGGGCUGCAAAGGAAGCUCGAAAAUCUUAGACAGGGAGAGAAGCAAAAAGACAAGGAAAUUGAACAUUGGAAGGUAAAGUAUAAAGCAUUGGAGAUUGAGAAAAUCAAUCUCGAGGGAAGGCUGAAGUCAAAGGGAAUAUCUGUGAAUGAUUCACCAGGGCGUGUGGCCCAACUCGAAAAGAUGAUUGAACAAUUUGAAGCACAUUGUGCUUUCCGUCCUGAUGCUCUGGAUCAUCACAUGUUCAAUUCUCCACCUUCCGGCAAGGUGCACGACAACGAAAAGAAUUUCAAUGCCCAACUGACCGUGAGUGAAGAUUUAUAUAAGAUACCCAUCAAAAUUAACCGCAUGUCGACUGGUGCUGGGACAGAGGGUGAACCAAGGGCCAUUGUUAAUUCCAUGAACACCUUUCAGAUGGCUCCAAAGCCAAAUGACAAGGGUAUGAAUAGUGCUAAUGUACUUCAAGAGCCACCAGCUCAGGUGGCCAUUAAGAGUUCCACAGCAACCCUCGAUAGGCGCCAGUCGCCUUCAUCACCCCAAAAUAUCCCUCCAAUUGCCGUGAUACCAACUGUUGUGUCCAGCACCAAAAAAACACUCGACGUUUUGCACAAAACUAAAUCCCGGGCUGUGCCACAGGGUGUUGUUCCCGUGCCAGAGAGCAUAAGGGAAUUGCUGAAGGAAGAAGAACCUCAGCAUGGGGAGAUUUCGCCAAAAUCUCCAGAUCGCUACUCAAAUGCCAUUGUGGAUUCUGUUCAGCAGUCACCACAGCUGAAGAAGGAUGAGAACCGUCCAGAAGGGGAGACGAAUUUUCAGAAUGUAAACGAAGUGGACAAUGGUGCCCACGAGGUGGAUGACUUCAACAUAGUUGAAGAUAAAAAUCACAGGGAUCACCUUCAGGAAGUACUCGACGAUGAGAAACUCAAUGUAAACAAUAAUGCCGCUGAAGAGGACACAAAUCUCUACGAUAUCAACAAAAUUCCCUUUAAUCGCCAAAAGCCAAAUGAUGACAUUGAUCUGGAGAUAAUUAAUCGAAGAAAUCCCCAUCUGGAUGGUAAUGGGGAUAGUAAGCACAAGUACUCAAAUGACAAACUCAUGAAUGAGGAAGUUGCAGCUGAUCAGGGGUUUGAUCUGCACAUGGAGGAGCAAGUUGAGGAGGAGGAUGAUGAUGAAUAUUCGAAUUUGGCAGCACGCCACCAACAGGGACAAGUUGUGCGAAAUUAAAAAAAAAAAAUGAAAAAACUUCGCACUCUCCUUUCGUCCCACCUAAAAGGCAUUUUUCAUCCUAUCCUGCUCAUCUCUAUAGCGGCAUUUCUACAUUAAGGCAAGUAUAAAAGCUGAUUUUUCUAUUCACAUCAUAAUGUAUACAACAUAGUACGUAUUUGCGCAUAGACUGUUGAUUCUUUUCUCACUCUCUCUCAUUGAAAAAAAAAAGUUCGCAAAACCAAUCCUUUUAAGAUAAAGUAAAGAGGAAGAGGGUAGGUUAUUCAAAGAAAAAAUCAAAUAGUUCUCAAAAUUAAAUUAUUCCAAUUAGCCUAUCCGAAAAAUGAAAGUAUUUUAAAUGAAAGAAAAGUCUUUAAAAAAUUAAACGAAGAGCAAUGAAUUUUAUAGGGAGAAAAUGAUUUUUUAUUUCAUUACUCAAAGACACUUUUAGUGCCAAAAACCUAUGUUCUCAAAUAAAUUCUUAAAAAAAAAAGAAUUGAAAAGCCAAUAAAAUUUUUCAAAUAAUGACAACGUUGAAAACACAAACAUUACAUUCUUCUGUCCGAUAAUAAAAAUCAAUAAUCAAUUAAAAUAAAAGAAAAUUGUAAGAAAUAUUUAAAAUAAUAAAUUAAAGAAUAUCUCGAUUUCUUAACUAAACUUGAGGAUUUCAUGCAUAAGAAUUUAUUAAAAACAAACUGAUUAAAUUAAAAAACUCAAUUAUUUGAACUGUAAGACAAACAUAUCCCCCUAUGAAAUCUCAAUUUUUUUAACUGAAAUUAUAAUUUAAAAAAAUCAAAUGUUUUAGAUAUAAAGGUUAAACCUCUAAAAGAUUAACUUAAUUAAAAAAAAAGAAUCUUCUGACCUCCUCAGUCUCUAAAUAUUUGUAAAAAUUGCAUGAUGAUGUGAUGAAGUGAGAAUCAAUAUGUUUAAUUAUUAGGUACCUAUAUACAUAUAUAGAAAUAAUCUUUUUUGGGUUUGUUAUGAGUUGUAUAUAUCUGCAUAAAAGAUUGUAAAUUUUGCUAAAAAGUUUGGCAUUUAGAUGCAAUAUUAUGAUGAGAUCCUUUCAAUGAAAACACUCAAUUGAGAACGUCUUGCAUAAAAAAAGAAAGAAAGUUCAAUUGAGAAAACAGAUUAAGGAGUUUUCAGAGUUAGUUUUCUUGAAGGAAAAAGAAAUCCCGUCCUUUAAUUUUAUUUAAAAGAAAAAAAACCUUUCCUACACCCUUUGUGUAAAGUGAUGUAUAAAAAAAUCUCAUUUAAAGAGAUACGACGAAAAAGUCGCAGAAUUUUUUGUUUGAGUUGUAAGGAGAAGAAUUUGUAAUAUUAUUUUGUGAUAUGAGCUUUUAUUCAAUCAAGUGGCAAAUUUUAUUUAAAAAACAAACAGUUAAGGAUAAUUUGACAAAAUACAUUGUAGCAUUUAAGGUCAACUUACGUUUUAAUAUAAUUUUGUACAAAUUCCUCA